AUGAAGGCAAUAGCAAAAAAACUGUGCUCAUCAUGGAUUAACUUUCGAGAAAUUUUCAUAGACGUAAUUCUCAUUUCAGCCGCUGAAGCCAGCUCACUUUCCGGACGAAUGUGCAUGACUGUGGAGCUCUAUCGACCCGCUGAUAACUCGAGCCGAUUCUACGAGUGCGCUCCUCUGGCUAAAGAAGAGGUGGGCCUUGUGAAGGAAUAUAAUCUUUCGGACAAGUAUAUGGGUGUAUGGAAUUUACGCGACUGCCCUGAAUCCUUCGAGUUCGAUGUUGGUCGCCAGAAGUGCCUGGACCGAAAGACGAUACGUCGCCAACAAGCCGCUUGCGCUCAUAACGUGUCGAGUGUUGGAUGCGAUGUGCCCUGCAGUGGCGCUGUGUCAGUCCCAACAAUUGGAGCGCCAUGUGACUGGAGAGAAGCUGCUUUACGGGCCGAUCCGAAGAGCAAUGCUUAUUUUAUUCAGUGUAUUCCGCAGUCCGCCAGCCUGUCUUGUGGUGAGUGGACACGUCUUCCAUGUGCGUCGAACACGGUGUUUUCACCAUCUUCAUCUCUCUGUAUACCAAUGGCGGUCAAAUCGUCAGCAUGUGAACCUCAGCAAGAGCCCGUGUGCAAUUGCGCACAAGCCGCGGGAGCGACUCAAUGUCCUGGAAUAGCCGUUUGUUCCAAGAACGUGUGCUGUCAAGAAAGGGAGGUCCUCGAUAACUUCAUCCAGCAUCAAGCUCCACUAUGUCCUGGAUCGAACGUUCCACCGCUGGGAUCUUGCAACGAGCCUUGUCCUCAAUAUUCUGCUUGUGCUCCUGGCAUUGGAUGCUGCCCAGUUCCAGUCAAUCAGCCGAAACAGUCCAUUAAAAUUAGUCUCUGCCCUGGAUCGUUUUCGCCUCCAUUGGGUUCAUGCGGAUCGUGCCCCCAGGGGACUUCCUGCAGCUCGUCUGUUGAAGCAUGCUGUCCUUCUGCCACUCGACCUUCUACUGAUCUAGUCUACAGCGUCAUACAAUUAUGUCCAAGUGUGUCCUUUUCUGUUUACAACCUUAAGGACUGGGCACUGACUGUUUCAGAUGGUCAACCAUCACUUCAGCCUUGUUCUGGUGGCUGCCCUCCAGGUAAUGCAUGUUUUCAAGGAGGUUGCUGUCCGAUGAGUUGUCCCGUUGGUCAGACGGCGUUGAGUUUCUGUUCGCCCGGUGGUUGUUCAAGUGGAUCAUGUUACCUACCUAGUGGAUCAUGUUGUCAAGAAAUGGUCAAGCUUCCAGUUUGUCCAAAUGGUCAGCAAUCACAACGGCGUUGCACAAUAGAUCCGGAAUGCGGUCCACGUAUGCAAUGUUCAAAUGGUGGAUGCUGUCCGAUGCCGUUUUGUCCAACUGGAGUUCAGGCACGAAUGCGUUGUGGGAACUUGAACAUGAUGUGCGCGCCAGGUAGCAUCUGUAUGGAAGGAGGAUUGUGCUGCCCAUUACCUCGUUGCCCGAAUGGAAUCAUUUCACUGGGAGGUUUGGCACUUUCAAUGUGUACAAGUCGUGGUUGUCCACUUGGAACUGAGUGCGUGGGCGGAGGAUGCUGUCAGCUACCUCGAUGUCCAUCAGGUCUUCAAGCCAUGCAACGUUGUCAAUUGGGUAUUGGUUGUGCCCGUGGACAUCAAUGCGAGAAUGGAGUGUGCUGUGCCAUGCCAAUGUGUUCAACGGGAUUGAUUGCAGCUUCGAUAUGCGGUAUGGGGAACAGCUGCCCCAUGGGAUUCGUGUGUGAAGGAAGAGGCUGUUGCCCGGAACCGCUACCACUGUGUCCAAAUGGUGGCCGCGCUGCUCAGCGGUGCAGAAGUGGAACCGACUGUCCACCUGGAUUUGGGUGUACGCCACUGGGAGGAUGCUGCUUGUUGUCAAUGGAACCAGUAUGUCCACGACAGUCUAACCCCAUUUGCCAAUGUUCGCCAAACAGUGCCUGUCCCACAGGUGCUCUAUGUACGAUGGGAACAUGCUGUUCCAAAUUGCCAAUUUUAAAAACCGUCAUUAAACAGAACUUUCUUGUUUCAGCAGUCGCGCUGUUCAAUCAAAUUCCUGGCUCGCGGUGUCAAGCAUCAACUCAGUGCAAUGGCUAUUCCUCUUCAUGCGCUCAGUGUGUACAAGGAGUGUGUUCAUGCAUCAAUGGAGCGGCAUCGAACGGUGCCCACUGUCUUCAAAUGCCACCGAAAAUGCUUACGCUGGCAAGGAACGGCUGCGAUCAGUACGGUUCACCUUGUAGUGUGCUGCUGUCGACUGCCCGUCGACGACCAAUCAUCGCUCCUGUAGGGAACAUAACAGAAACACCACUCUUCUUCAAUGUUGCUAGUGAACGCCAAUGCGUUGCGAAUGGUACUGAGCUAGGAUUUGAUCCUGAUAGCACAUGUCUUCCAAAUGAGAAGUGCAUCAACGGUGAAUGCAGAAUGAAACUCUGGCCAGGUGAAUACGGUUGCAAUUCUGACGAGGAAUGCACAUCCCGUUGUGCAAAUACGUACUGUGAGAAAAAGAAAAGCGACAAAAAUGUUGCGCAAUGUCAGUGCAGCAAUGGGCAACUACUAUAUGGACGAUGCUUCUCUCAGUGUCCAACUGGUUUCCAUGAAUCAGGAGCUUACUGCAUGCAUGAUGAUGAAGAUUCUUUCUGGGCUGACGGCGAUGCUCAGGACCGCUUGAAGGCCUUACUGAAUGCUGGACAGUGCUAA